GAGGCAGAGGAGGGGAAGAGGAUGUCUGGGAAGACGGGGAGUCGAUCAGGGCACGGUGGCCGGGGUGCUGGCUCCAACUCCGGGGUUCUGAUGGUCGGACCAAACUUCCGGGUCGGAAAGAAGAUCGGCUGUGGGAACUUUGGAGAGCUGCGACUUGGAAAGAACUUGUACACCAACGAAUACGUGGCUAUCAAACUGGAGCCAAUCAAAUCGCGGGCACCUCAGCUCCACCUAGAAUAUCGCUUCUACAAACAGCUGGGAAGUUCAGAGGGUGUUCCCCAGGUGUUUUACUUUGGACCCUGUGGUAAAUAUAAUGCUAUGGUUCUGGAGCUGCUUGGACCCAGCUUAGAAGAUCUGUUUGACCUCUGUGACCGGACCUUCUCUCUAAAGACUGUACUCAUGAUAGCCAUACAAUUGAUAACCCGUAUGGAGUUUGUCCACACCAGGAGCCUGAUCUACCGAGACGUGAAGCCUGAGAACUUCCUAGUGGGCCGACCCGGCUCCAAACGGCAGCACACCAUCCACAUCAUAGACUUUGGCCUGGCAAAAGAGUACAUAGACCCAGAGACCAAAAAACACAUCCCAUACAGAGAACACAAGAGUCUCACUGGAACGGCUAGAUACAUGAGCAUCAAUACACACCUGGGGAAAGAGCAAAGCAGGCGGGAUGACCUGGAGGCUCUAGGCCACAUGUUCAUGUACUUCCUGCGAGGCAGUCUACCUUGGCAGGGACUCAAGGCCGACACUCUGAAAGAACGUUAUCAGAAGAUAGGAGACACCAAGCGAGACACACCGAUAGAGGUCCUUUGUGAGAGCUUCCCAGAAGAGAUGGCCACAUACCUGCGGUACGUGCGUCGGCUGGACUUCUUCGAGAAGCCGGACUACGACUAUCUGAGGAAACUCUUUACAGACCUCUUUGACAGAAAUGGAUACAUCUUUGACUACCAGUACGACUGGACUGGAAAGCCACUGCCCACUCCCAUUGGUCCAGUGGCCAGCGAGACUCCACUUCAGACAAGCAACCGAGAAAAAGCACCGCAGACCAAAAACCAGGUGAUGAGCUCAACCAAUGGGGAGCUGAAUACAGAUGACCCCACUGCAGGACACUCCAAUGCACCAAUCACAGCCAAUGCAGAGGUGGAAGUGGCUGAUGAUACCAAGUGUUGCUGUUUCUUCAAGAGGAGGAAGAGGAAAGCUCUCCAGAGACACAAAUGAAAACGAGAGACAAGAGAGAAACCCCUUCUCUCUUUUUCACCAUUUCUUUUUCCUUCUCUCUUUCUGUAGUCCUCUUCAUAUAACCCCCCCUCCCAAUCUCCACCCCUCUCCUCCUCUGCUGUUGGAGGUCCUGUAGUCUACCUUGGGUCAGCUAGAUUGGCUGGAUCACCAGGCAGCACGAUAUGAUUGCUAAGCUGAUCUGUUGGUUUCUCCCGCUCUGAACCGACCAGACACACAGACAGCGACAUGCUGUUCCACCCCGGAGCUUUAAAUGUGGACUCUAUGGUCGCAAACUGAACUCAAACUGGAUAGACACAAACUGCUGUGACCACAAAUGAACAGAUAGACUGUGAAAGGUGAGCUGAUUGGCUGACAGACUGGAUUCAGCUGGUUUCCUGGCAGACUGGCUACUUCUCUAUUUUUUGUUUUUGUUUUUUUCUUCUUACUGACUGGUUCAGAGGAGAGAGACGAGUAGUUCUGAGGAGAUACAGAAGAGAGCUAUGGAAGGACUGGAUGCAAUGAGACUGUCAGACCACACACACACACACACACACACACACAAAACACAUGCACACACGUAGAAACGCUGCACACGGUCUUGAGCUCAUCAUAAAGAGACUCUGUAGACAGAAAGUUGCAGCUCUCACACAUAGUUGAUAAAGUUUUUAUUCCCUGGGGUCAGAGGAAGUACACAGUUAGCGGCUUGGUCUAUUUCCUGCAACGGAUCAGGCUCGUUGUACUUGUCAGACACAUUCACCCUCAGAGGAAAACCUCACAACCACCAGAAUCAAGAGUUUAAAAGAGAUGUUUAUGUAAAAACUAUGCUUUUUUCUGUUUUAAUUUGUAACUAAAAAGACUGUCUGCAAUUUGAAGCCUGUGUUUUUUUCUGUCUUUUUGAGUUGUUCAAAAAACUUGUGUUUUGUAGCUUCUAGUGUGUUCCUCAAAAUGCAAUUUUUUUAAAUAACUUGUAUUUUUAAUUUUCUGAUGUUUUGUUUUAUUUGUUUUCCUCUUUCUCUUUGGGUUUGAGGAUGGAAAGUCGGAUAACUCCAUUAAAAAACAACCAAACAAAAUAAAUACUGAUCUUUAUGAUCUUUAUUUAAUGGAAUCAUUAACAAUAGUUUUGAAGAUAUUUUUUUCCCCACAUUGUUGAAGCUGCAGAUACAGUAUGGUCAUACAGGCAGGUCAGGACAUGGGUCUGGAAAGUGCUAAACAAAAGCCUUAUUCUUUAGCAUCGAAGUUUUCAGAAAAGUUGAGUUGACAGGAAAAAAUCCAAUUGAACAGAAUUUAAUACCAACUGUCUUCAGCCAUGUGAAGGUGUAAUCAUCAUAAAGAAAACCAAACUGUUAGAGAUAAAACAUAUGUUCUUUUUCUUUUUUCUUUUUUUUUUUUUACUUUAAAUACCUCAUAUAGUUCAAGUCCAAGCUCAGUGUAAUGUCUAUGUUGAUGAUCUAUCUAAAACCCAAAAACAUUCUGUUUGAAAUGAAAGAGAAAAACGGGAAAUCCUUGCGCUGCAGCAACGGGAGCAAGAACAUUUCUGGCAUUUUUCUUGAAAAAUGUAUGAUUAUUUGAUUUUCUUAAUAGUUGUCAAUUUUACUUUAUGUUGUUUGACUAAUCAAUUUAUCGACUAUUCGUCUCAGGUCUAAUUCAGUUAAAGAAUUCAAAUUCAAAAUGAAAUGAAAUGUCUGAUUAUAAAGAUACAGUAGUUUUGAUGGAG